UUCAUGCAAAAUGGCGGAUUUGUUUACUGCUUGCUGCACUUGUUGAGACGUCUGACCUUAUUUUUAAAAUCAUUCCAUAACUAAAAACUGUCUAUUAUUUAAGGAUUAAUAUAUUGAAUCGAUAAUACUCAGACACGAUCCUGGGAACGGAUAAAACAAAGCUGGAAUGUGAAGGAAAAAACAAAACAAAAGACAAAGAAGAGAAGUUCCAGAUCGAGGCUAAGAGAUGGGAAACAUCUGUGACUGCUUGAACGAGAAAAAAUACUCGGACAAUCCCAGCCCGAGGACGCCAUUGCUGGCAGGAAGUUCCCACGCCCCCACCCUAACACGUCAACCGUCACCGAUUGGUCAGUCCGCUCGCCUCAACAAAGUUGAGAAACAGGACUUUGAGUCGUCCUUGGAUGCUAUCCAUCAGAUUAAGUUAUCCAAAGUAUCCACAGUCUCAUCCUUGGAUAAAACGUUUCAGGACCACGGGAAGCUGUACAACGACCUCUACACCAACUUUAUCGAGCUCAGAAAGUCGCUCAACACAUUCAAAAGUUUUUUUGAGGCCGAGACAUCGGGGAUUCCCAUAAUUUCAGACUGCUUGACACUGCUGGCCAAGAGAUGUGGUCAGGCUAAACUGUCAGGCAACAGAACAAAAAACUGCGUGUUGAUUUCCUACGACCGGAGGGAGGUCUCCCAGCAGUGCCAAGGCCCACCGGAGGAUGUGAUUGAAAUUAUUGAACUCUACAACAAAAUCAAUAAGUUGAUUAAGAACAUCCUAGAGAAAUCACCUCAGGUGAGAAGUUCCAUAACUCUUGUCCUUGAGGAAGAACAGAAAUUGAAAAGGGAGGUAACAAAAGCAGACCCUGAUGGUAAACUGGGACCAGAGCCUCUGAAAUUAACAAGCGAAAACUUCCAGAAACUUCACAAGUUGCCAGAGUAUAUAAACACAAUAGAAAAAUACACUAGCAAAACUUGCAAGGAAAUUUUAAAUGGUUCAAAGCCCUUAUUUGAAGAUGUUUAAUGUUAUUUAUUAAUUUUUUUUUUAUUUCUGUGUUAUUUUUUAUUUGUUUUUCUAUUGAUUUUAUGUUAAAAAUCUCCUAUUAUGUUACUGGCAUUAAAAUUGGAUAAUAAAUGUUUAAAUUAAAUAUUUUCUUGAAAAACAAAAUUUUUUAAUAGAAUUACUAUAGUUAGGAUUAAAAAAAAAAUGUUCUGUUUUGUUUCUUGAAAACAUUGCGAGUCUAAUUUCAUUCCUAUUUUAACAUGCUUAUCACCAGUAUUAAAAAUAUGUUUUUCAUUGCCUUAAAUUCAAGCGUAUCAUCUAUAAGUUCAUCUCUUCAUUUAUAACAUGAUGAUAUAUAAUAUAUACCAUUGUGAUUACACCCUUAUCAACGGUUUGUACAAUCUAACUAACUCCCAGAUUUAAGAUAAACACUUCUUUCAUAUCAAGCUUAAGCAUCAAAUUUUAUCACCAUCAGUCUAUCUAUAUGGAGGCAUAUAGAUAGACUGCUGAUUCAAAAGAUUUGAAUUCAAGUCAGUAGAACAUCCCUGAAUCCAGCUCUGAUGGAUACCUAACUCUCUUUAGGGAAAGCAAAAGCAGCUGUGCAUAGUCCUGACCACACUAUCGCUUCAUAUGCCAAGGUCUUGAAACAGAUAAACUCUACUUCAUCUGCCCCAUCUGUCUUGGGCAUGAACGAGAAAAGAUGAUGAUAAGUAUUACAUAUUUUUUCCAUCAGUAUUUUUGUUCUUUCUAUUAAUAAAGUAGCGCUUGCUAACCAGUAUAAAGGAAUUAGAUGAGUUUUGAGAGGAUUGGUUGUCUUGGCAACAAGCUAGGUAUACCACAUAUACAAAAUCUGGUGACGUAAACCAGGCUUAACCUGCUAGGUUAUUGUUUAGGAGGGUAGGGUUCGGGAUUAGGAUUCUGGCUAGAUUUAGGAUUGGGAUUAAGGACAAUGGUUAGGGACAAAGACAAUAUAGGGUUAUUGAUAGGAUGGGGGCUAGAACAAGGGAUAGGUUUAGGGUUUGGGUAAGGACCAUGACAUCAUUUGGGGUUAGGAUCUUGGCUUUAAUCAGGGAUCAGAUUGGGACUAGGAUCUUGGCUAGGGCUAAGUAUAGCCUCAGAAAUAAGGGGUUGGGCUCAAGGCUAUAUCCACAAUAGCAGCUCUUGUAAACUAAUCACUAUCAAUGAACUCUGUGGAUACAGAGGAAAAUAUGGAUA